AUGGAAGAUCAGUACAUUUGGUCUGUCACUUCAAAGGGACAUUUUUCUGUGGCUUCUACCUAUAGCAUAUCUUUGAAGGGUCUCUUGCAUCAAUCUCAAAGCAAGUGGUUAAAGAUCUGGCAUUUACCUACCAUUCCAAAGAUUCAACACUUGCUAUGGAAAACAAUUCACAAUAAGCUUCCCCUCCCUGAUCUGCUUCUAAAUCGUGGUUUGAACAUUAGCUCUAGAUGUAACUUGUGUGAUGAGCCAAGGCAGUCCACGGAGCAUCUGUUCAUGAAAUGUCCCCUUAUAGUACCGAUCUGGAAUCAAGUGGGUAUAACUCAUCUUCUAGGGAACAACAACUUCAUCACAGUUUUGGAAUCUAUUAUUACUUCCCUUAAUACUGCUAACAGAGACAGCAUUUUAUAUACCGCGCUUGUUUACAGCAUUUUAUGGUAUGUUUGGGUUGGUUACUGGGAUCAUACUUUCAGACACGAGCCUUUCAUUGCAAAUAGAAUUUUACUCAGAGCUAUCACUGUUGCUAAGGAAACACUUCAACACUUCAAAGUUCGCAUUCAUCACCCAACUAGAUUCAUCAGUUGGAGCAGACCUUCUUCUCCUUUCCUGAAAUUCAAUAUAGACAGUGCGAGCAGAGGGAACCCAGGAGAAGCCGGAAUUGGAGGAGUCUGUUGCGAUAGUCAGGCAAGGUUUAUUUGUGCUUUCUUUGAGGGUGUAGGGUGGAACUCAGCUUUAGUUGCUGAAGCUCUAGCUGCUAGGCGAGCUUUGUCAAUUGCUCGGAACCUAAAUUUGAGACACGUCAUCAUUGAGAGUGAUAAUUUACUUCUCAUUAACCUUCUUAAUGGGCAGAUUGCGGAAGCGCCAUGGAGAAUUGCUGCUAUAGUGUCUGAUUGUCGUUCCAUAUCUUUUUAG